CGUUAUCAACCCGUCCUUGGGCAGCGCAGCGUGUUGCGGUGUCGCAAUCGACAUUGCCCAUGCCCCGACGAAUCGGCAUGUGGAGGCGCCGGCGCACCCCUGGCGAGGCGUUUGCAUGUGACAUCACUGUGCUGGUCAUGGAUUGACCCUCGUCGGUUGGUCAAAAGUGCUCGCUCACCCUUUGAGACAUCCAUGGAUGGCGCUUUCCCUGGCCACCCAACACACCGACACCGACACCGCCUGGAGCUCGAGGCUCGUCAAGACGACACGACCAAUCGUCGCCACCACGAACCCCACCGCUAUCGGCUGACGACCUCGGAUCGUGAUAUCUGGCCCGGCAGGUUCCUGGCAACACGCACUGUCGCGGCUCCUCCUUUGCGCCUCCUGAUCGCGAGCCAUCACCAUGUUGGCAUAGCACAACCAGCCAAGGCAUCCAUCACAGCAUUUGACGACAACACAGACGCGGCUUUACAACCGUGAACACAUCCGUUGCCGUCACCAUGCCGCUACCUUUCCUUGGGCGACUCAAUAUAACCGAAUAUGUUGCGCUCGUCGGCUCUUUUGUCCUUGUCGGUCUCGAGGCUUUGAUUCGCAUCCUCACUCUCGCCCUACCAUCGCCACUUGUUAACCUCUUCUACCGUCUCUCUCGGCGUUUGUUUAACAGAUUUCGCUCCGCAGCAGAGAAGAAAGCAGCAGAGAGAAAGAGGAAUAUCCACACAUCGAUCCGCAAUGCCUCCGACUUUGUGGACAUGUGUGCCAUGUUUGGCUACACGGCCGAAGAGCACGUCGUCCAGACCAAGGACGGCUAUUUGCUUGGCGUUCACCGGCUCGCAUGGAAGAAAGGCGAGGAGGACAUGCGUGUGAAUGCGGGGCCUAGCAGCAUUCAGAAACCAGUCGCCUACUUGCACCAUGGACUGCUCAUGAACAGCGAGGUCUGGGUCUGUCUGACCGAUGCACAAAGGUGCCUGCCAUUCGUCUUGCUUGAAAAGGGGUUCGAUGUCUGGCUUGGCAACAACCGAGGCAACAAGUACUCGAAGAAGUCGGUCAAAUUCCCUCCAACCUCGAUAGAAUUCUGGAAUUUCUCGAUCGACGACUUCGCGUUCCACGAUAUCCCGGACUCUAUCGAGUACAUCCUCAACUACACCAAGCAGCCGUCCUUGUCCUACAUCGGGUUCUCGCAGGGAACAGCACAGGCUUUCGCCAGUCUUGCGGUCCAUCCGAAGCUCAACGAUCAGGUCAACGUGUUCAUCGCUCUGGCCCCGGCCAUGUCUCCAGCGGGGUUAUCCAACGGUAUCGUGGACGCAUUAAUCAAGGCUUCGCCCCAGGUGCUCUUCUUGUUGUUUGGAAGACGUUCGAUCCUCAGUGCGGCAACCAUGUGGCAGAAUAUAUUGUAUCCGCCAUUGUUUGUCCGCCUCAUCGACAUGGGCUUGUCAUUCCUGUUCAACUGGAAUGCGACAAACAUCUCCGUCAGUCAGAAACUCGCCGCGUAUCCGCACUUGUACUCCUUUACUAGCACAAAGUCUGUCGUCCAUUGGUUCCAGAUCAUCCGCAACAAGGCUUUCCAGAUGUACGACGACGAUGUGCAGUCGCCCUUGUCAGUUAGCACCUCAAGCAAGUACACAAAAGUUGCGAAAUACCCAACGCGCAAUAUCCGGACACCGGUCGUGCUCGUCUAUGGCGGAAGCGACUCCCUGGUCGACAUCAAGGUCAUGCUCAAAGAGCUGCCCAGGCGGACGGUCGCGACCGAGAUCCCCCACUACGAACAUCUCGACUUCUUGUGGGCUCGAGACGUUGACGCGCAGGUCUUUCCCCAUGUCUUUGAUGCCCUGAACAACUUCACGGACGCUUCGCACACUAAGCAGGAGUAUGAGAGCUACCGUCAAGCCAGGCAUUUGAGUCUUUCCGCUUCGAACACCUUCAGACACCGAUACAGGAACAGCGAUGCAACCAUCGACUCUGAUUCGGCAUCCGUCCGCGACUUUGCCGGUAACAACAACGUCUCCAUGCAACAUCAAGCCCGUGAAGGCGGCAUGAGCCCGAUGACCGACAGCGCGAAUGAGUCGAUCCCGGGGACCCCGGUCGCAAAGGUCCAGCCGCGACAACGUCCGAGACUGAACAAGCAUUCUGAAUCAUCGGAGGUGGAGCCGAACAGCUCUGGCGCCGACAAUGCCAGACAGUACAGCCCAGGCGCGUCGACUGCCGUAGAAGAGUCGCCAAAGACGACGGAAUCGACGCCGUCUCCGACGCAGGGCAAGAAAGGGCAUGGCAUCAGCAAAGGACGGCGUCGUGGAAGCGAGGGAAGCACGCUCAGCAUAGACUCGAUGCGGGAGGGCAGUAAGGGCAGUAAAGGUAUCAAGAUCGGAGUCGGUAAGCCUGCCGGCGGUGUCGUCACUGGCACUACCAACUUGACUGCCCCAGGCAAGUGAUGUCGACUUUUUGACGCAAUCAACUUCCUGCCCGGAAGAGUAAGCAUGCGUGCUGUGGAGCAAUUGUGUGAGAGGGGACGACAACGACUAUCGUCAUGUUGGACUAAUAGAAUGUAUACAAACAUGGGCCCGAUAUCCAAUAAAAAAGUCAAUUUGCUGGUCAA